CCGUGUGCGCCGCAUCCAUACCAAGAUCCACUUAUUCACCACAUGUCCCCGCAGCCUUCACCGGACUUAAUGACAUAAUUAACUUACAUCACACCAAAACCCGGGGACGUCUCAAGUGUUGAUGUGACAGCUGAUCGGCGCUUUUACGGGUUUGCUCCACUCCUUCACCUGUAAGAGCUCAACUCUGAACGCCUCCGCUCCCUCGCAAACGUUUGUGCCAUGCAGGAGGUGUAAACCCUCCUCCUUCUCUUUCUCUGCGAGCCGCUGGAGGAAACCCAAAAGAGAGAAAAGAAAACCCAGACUCUAACAAGUCGCAAUGUCAGACCCUGACCCCUCCUCACCAGCAGACCCCCCUCUGCCCCUCACUUCCCCACGCACUCCCCUGCAGCUCUCCUUCCCCUUCCUGAGGGAGGGCAGCCGGGUUUGGGAGAAGGAGAGGAAACCACCACAGCCUGGAGAGCUGCCCAGCCCACUGCCUACUAAACGCACCCGCACAUACUCAGCGACAGUGCGAGCGAAAUCAGGUCCUGUAUUUAAAGGGGUGUGCAAAAACUUCUCCAGGUCUCAGGGUCACGGAUUCAUACGGCCUUCUCACGGAGGAGAGGACAUCUUUGUCCACAUCUCUGACAUUGAGGGAGAGUACGUGCCUAUGGAAGGAGACGAGGUUACAUACAAAGUGUGCCCCAUCCCUCCCAAGAACCAGAAGAUCCAGGCUGUCGAGGUGAUGAUCACCCACCUGAAUCCAGGCACAAAGCAUGAGACCUGGUCGGGUCAGAUCAUCAGCUCCUAGACCAGCGAUCUAGGUUUCAGAUCUGCAAAGGCGAAGAGGGGUUUAGAUUUAAUUUUAGAUUUUAUGUUUCGAGAGCAUAAUGAUCAGGUCUGGGGCAGAGGGAUCUGAGCUCGGUGUGCGGAGGACGCCGGUUGGCCUGAGGAGGUAAUGGGCCGGAAGGUCAACGUGAACAUUUAGGUAUAAAAGUUAGAGCUGGGAAUUAGGCUAUGAAUGUAUGUUUUUGAAUGUUUUUAUUUGGAGGCCAUGGUUUCAUCAUUUGUGCUUGAAUGUUUUUGUUGAGGGGUUAAAAUUUAGGAAGUUGGGGUUCAGGGUUUGGUGCUAGCAGUUUUACUUUGGGCUGGGGAAUAUAUUUUAGUUGGGAAACAAGAUGUCAUAAAGAAAGUGUGUUUAAUGAGUUGGAAUAAAGAUGCAUUAGAGGCCGAAAUGCAUUUUGAGCAAAUGAAACAAAUCUGUACAGACACAGACUUUGGGUUUUAUGGGACCAGCUCAGUGGAGGUCUGUGCUGUGCUCCCACUUUUGCACGCUGUGUGCCGCCACUGCCAAGACUCCUUCGAAAAGUCAGACUGAAAACAUGCAUUUUAGCCAUAUUGUGUCUUUGUUUACGACCACAGUAGGAGGGGUUGUUUACCAGAAGGAUUUAAAGGGAAAAAUCACUUUUGUAACAGCCGUCCACGAUGUUUACUAGAGGCUUGGCUUUAUGCCAGCUUGGCAGAGCCGCCUUCAAAAAUUCCAAGAUUUUCCAGGUUGUUUGAUGUGCCACUAAAAUUUCCCAAAUAAGUAUCCCAAAUGAGGAUACUUUCACUAGUAAGUAAGUUUUACACAUGUUCAGUUCACUCUUAAUGCGUUUCGGCCUAAAAUGCUGCGAGAAGUUCCACGUAUUAGGAAGACGUUUCCUUCUAAAUAUUGUAGCACUGCAGUAUUUUGUCUAUUUGGCAAGUGUAGAAAUCCAGUAUCAUUGUAGCCAGCUCCUAUGACGGUCUCAAGUUUUUGUGGUAGACAGUAGGUGGAGGAGGGCGUGUGGGCCUGCCGCUGGAAAACCAGGCCAGAGGGUUUGGGGUAUGGUGGAGGAAAUGGUGAGAGGGUCGAGGAACGGGCAGAGGAUGGAGUGAUCAUCUGUAGAGCACAGAUGCAGCUUGAUUUGGUGUAGAUGUUAUAAAGCACGUGGAAGGAGGAGGAUCAAGAUUUAAGUCAGCAGUUCUCAUCAGGUGAAGUUAAUGAUCUUAAAGAAAUAGUUUAACACCUUGGGAAAUACAGUUAUUUGCCUUACAGAUUAUAGGACUGAAAUCACCUUUAUGUCAGGGUUUCCUACUCUCACGCUUGUGGCGUGUGACAAAUGCUUUAACCUUCAGUCUCACGCUGCUGGAAUGAAUCUUAUUAAAGAAAAAGCUCAAAGCUACUCUUUUAUAUAAACAAAAAAGUUUAAACUAAGCUUCUGCACACAGGACAAAGUCUAAACAUCAGGCUUUUUCCCCACUACUUAUAACCAACGCUGAUCCAGAAACAGUGCAAACGAGCGUUAACGUGCUGAUGUUUACAAAGGCUUGCCAGUGAAUGUAGUUUAAUGUGCUUACAGGAAUCUUUUUUAGGAAUCUCUCUCAAAUACCUGCAUCCACAUCGAGCAUAGGAUCACCUACAGCUGCGUCCCCCAAAGUGAGAGAGCAGCUUCAUUAAUCGCAAUAUUAAUAAUAACUUAAGACUUUAGGCAUCUUCAGACUUUUUUUUACUGUUAUUAAAAGUCUGGUAUUCUGCUCAAAUUCAUCAUUAGAAUUAUAAGUAGUAGUAAGUGAAGUGAUGUUUACACUGACUGUCAUGUACUCUCUAAUCAUUAAAGUAAACAGGUAGCCUAGCAGCAAUUCAGUCAUAUUUUCCACAGGGACAGAGUCACUCUAUCUGGUAAAUUAUGCGUGGUAAAUAUGAAAAUAUACCCAGCCACCACAGCUUAGCUUAGCAUAGCAUAAAGACCAGAAACAGGGAAAAGAGGUAGCCUGGCAUUUCCUAGAACCUUAGGCUAAGCUAACCAGCUGCUAUACAGCCACAGACAUGAGAGCAGUCUUGAUUUUUUUUUAUUCACGCAGCAGAAAAGCAGUAAAUGUUGGAACUAUUUCUUGAAAUCAUUCAUGUAAAAAACAAAACAAAAGCAAAGCUCCGUCGGGCCUCCUGGAGGGUGAAGCUGAGGAGAACGAACUGCUGAUUUUUAGUUUUAUUUUUAAGCUGGAAGGUUGAACAUUUGGGAGUUUAGGAAGUCUCAUAUGUCAUGGCGAAUGACUGUGGAGAAAAACAAAAAAGCAAGCAAACAAAAAAAAAAAAGAAGAGCAGCAAAUGCUUCCUAACAAAAUUAUUUAUUUAUUGACUUAUUUAUUUUUCAUUUGUAACUAGGAGAACAUCAGGUGUUUGGUAAUUAAACGCUGCAUUUUUAAGUAUUUGUGCAAAUCUGAGCUUGUUUGACAAACGCUGCACACCACUCUUAUGAUACUACCCUGUCAAGAACCCUUUGCUACGAUCCACGUCGUUAUCGAGAGGCAAAAAAGAAAAAAAAAAAAAGACUUUUCUUAACACAAGUUUCUAAUUUCUACGUAAUCUUUGGCUAAUUUUUAAUAACUGUGUCGUUCAAAAUGACAAGCAGUUUGGUUUGUUUUGGGAAUCGGCAUGUUCUGUACCGUUUGUCGUAAUCUUUAUGUACAAUGUGUUAAUUCAUCAUGCAGUAAACACUGUUGGAGCCUUCAGAGAGGUGUCAUCAGAUAUCCUAUGCAUCUUUGAUUUUUUUUUUUUUUUUUGCCACGAGCAUGACUUAACAUCAUGGUAGCACAAUGUAUCUGUUUAGUUUCAUUACUGUGAGAGAAAAGAGUUUGUGUUGGCGAGCACUUUUAUUUUUGUCAAAUCACUGUGACACUUGUCUUUUGUUGUUAAGAAAAAGUUUCAAUAAAACCAACAGUGGUAUUCACAAAA